AUGGCCAACGAUCCACCACCGCAGAGCCUGGUGCUAUCUGAUAUAAUGCACACGCUGUCUCCGUCUCCAGGCCCGCAAAAUACGGACCAGUCGCACCACGCUAACGGGACCGAUGCUGAGGAAAGAGAUAGAUCGCUUGACCCGCCUCAGGAAAUAGACUUGAAGAAUUACAGGAAUAGGAUAGCGGAGAUGGUCCUCUUGCCGUCUGAUGGGAACGAGUCUUCGACACCUCGUGAACGUGAGCUUGCGAAUAUGGUGCUCAGUUUGUUGGAUGCGAGGCAGUGGGAUCCAGCGCAGCUUUUUGAGCAGGCUGAUACUAUUUCCGGGCUGAUGCAGGAGCGAGAACUUAUACUCCAGUUGUUCUCGGAGGAAAGGGCUCGGUGGAAAUCUGAGAGGGAGGGUUGGGAGAGGUCCGCGGAGGCACUGAUAUCUCAGAAGAUGAGGGAGGUCCCUGAUGCGUUCAGAACCGAGGUGAGAUAUUUAUUGAGUGUUUAUUAG